AAUGACCGGUCAUCUGUCCAACCGGUUAACACUUGUAGGUGUAACAAUAGGCAAAUGUCGAGUGAGGAAGAAGCUCUAUCAGCCCCGGGAACCGGUCGAAUAGCAGGAGAAUAUGAUACUCAGGAGGCCGUUACUGAAGGCUUAUUAUCCUUGCUUACACCAGCUGUACAGGAAGUUGACGAUCGUGUUCGUUCAGUAAGGUUGGAACGAUAUUUUAAGCAGUUCAUAAUUUUCGCAAAUUAAGAUUGUUACUUUGUAAUAAAUUUAUAGACAAAGUCAAGUUGAUUUGCAACACAGUAUAGAAAUACUAAAUGACGGUUAGUACAUUGAAUGCAUAAUUGUCAAAGUUAAUAUAUUUUUUGUUUGCAGACUUGAAAAAAAUAUCUGAAUCGCAUGGCAUUCCAGCUGAUCUUAACCCAUAUGUUAAGAAACUAAAUAAUACACGUCGACGUAUAAAUAUAGUCAAUAAUAUCUUACAGAAUGCCCAGGUUUGCACCAUAAGGAAUACUUUCGAUCAGCUAUCUAAUACAAAUACAUAAAUAUAUCUAAUUUUUUUCUCUUUUUCUUAGGAGAGAUUAAGCAAACUACAUUAUAAUAUUCAGAAAGAAACUAGUCGAAAAUCAAUAGUAGUAGACGAUAAAGCUGAUGCUGGAAAUACUGAGGAAGCGCCUGAACCCACUACAAGUUCUAGUACAUCUGAAUGAAUGCUUCACUCUGUACAAUUUCAUAUAGACUUUUAUAUUAUUAUUGUUCAAAUUUUUUUCAAUUACAAUCUCAAUUCGAUUACAAAUCUAUACUUUAAUAAUUAUAAGAGACACUCUCGCAUUCCAUGGAUUCUUUAUUCAAGUAUUAAAAAUAUAGUUAUUACUUUUUCGAAAAUUCGCGCUACCCGUUUUCUCAAAUACAAAAUUCUCCUAACCGGAAAUUGUUCGUAGCGAUAAUAUGCUAUGUUUAAAAUUAAAAAAACAUUUGAUAAACUUCGAAUAUGUACAAUUUUUUUUAAAAAAAAGCUCUUUAGAUCUCACUCUUAAAAAGAUGUGAAUCGUCUUGGGAUUCUUAAUCGAAACUAUGACUCCGACACCCGAAAAAGAUCGUAAAAAAAUUUCUAAUCGGAAAAUAAAACAUCUUAUUAAGUAUAUUUCUAACGAUAAGAAAGGAAAAUUGAAGAAACUGUUAAAGAAGAAAAAAUUAGAUAUAAAUCAUACUAGUCUAUUUGGCGAUUCCAUGUUCUUGUUGGGUUGUAAAAGCGGAAGCGUCAGAGUUGUAAGAUAUUUGAUUAAAAAAGGUGCUAACAUUAUGCAGUCAAAUGACAAAGGAGAAGACGUCUUUAGUUGCUUGGCUCAAUGUGGAAAUACUAAGAGUAAUAGAAUAUUUCUACUAGUAAAACCAUAAAUGUUCAUUAAGACUACAUAAUAUCCCUUUUUCUAUUUUGUGUUGUUUCCACAGAAAUAGGAUUAUUAUUUUUAAACAUAUUUCAAAGUUCUUCCAAUUUGGAUAGUAUGGAGGAUCCCAGAGUUGGUUUCUUUCAAGAAUCAAUUAUUCGUAAACUUAAAGUAGAUAGAUAUUUUAAAUAUUCUAAUAUAUACAGUGCAUUCUAUAUAAUAUGUUUCAAAAACAAGGAUUACAGCUCUUUCAUGGCUGAGAAAGAGUAUAAUAAAGAAGAGACAAAAGACGGAAACGAUUUUAGUGAUGAAUUUAAUGACGAUGAUGACGACGACGACGAUGAUGAUGAUGACGAUGAUGACGAUGAAUACUAUUUCGAUGACUACUAUGACUCUGACAGAGAAAAAGUAAGUGAUGGUGAGCAAGAGAGAAGAUGGUCAGAAAAGCUUAAUUCAGCAAUCGACGAUGAUAUAGCGGCAGAAAUGGGUAGAUAUUCAGAUCGAGAAGAAAUGGAUAAUAGGGAACCAAAUGGCGAUUGGUUCAACGACGUCUAUAAACAAUAUGAAAAGAAAAAAAGAAGUAAAAAAUUUCAAUUUUAUAAGAAAUCAAGUAAAGAAGACAAAGAUAACAAACCAAAAGAAAGAAAGUUUAAAACCUUAAAAUGGGUUGAAUCUGAAAAAGAAAGCUUAAGCGAAGCUAAUUUAGUUAUGAAAAAACUAAAAUACGAAUUAUCUUGUUCAAAGUUAUUUUCAGCUUCGUCAAAAAAACCUAUUUUAUUGGAAGAAAUUCCAUGGCCACUAGGAUUUUUGACAAAGAAUAUAGAAUUACUAAAGACAUUUUUACUCUGUGAUAAAAAAUUUGGAAGUAAAAAGAAACAUAUCAGAAUACAACAGGUCCGAUGGCAUCCGGAUAGAUUCAAACAAAGAUGUAAUGGAAGAUGGAAGGAAGAAGAAAAAUUAAAUAUAAUUUCAAAGGUACAAGAACUAUCUCAACAAUUGAAUUCAUUGGCCGAGACAAUAUCUGAUGACUAGGAUCAUUUGUUAAAAACUUAUAACAGUUUUAACACAGUGCAAACUGGUAUAUUUUUAAAUUAACUGUUUUUUUACAAUUAGUUUUUCUUUAUACUUUAACCAUGUGUUACUCUUUCUACUUUUUUAUACUUGAAAAAAGAAAUACUUCUAAUUUCAAUAAUCCUUUAUAAUCUACUUAAAAAUAAAUUGAUUUAAUGGAUUAUUUGCUUGCAGUUGUAAUUAAUGAAUUCCUAAAUAUAUGUUGUCGGAAAUUCAAAAUUAUGAUAUAAGAAGUUAAACUUUAACUUACAUUCAAUCUAUAGAAAUUGUUUUGUAUACGUUUAAUAAAGUUAUAAUUAAAA